AUGGGCACUUGGGAGCAACUCUACAAGACACCGCAGCACCCCUAUACCGUGAAACUUCUCGAAUCGACACCCCUCGCGGAUAAACGGGGAACGCAAUUACAUACAAUCGCCGGUAGAGUCCCGAAAGCCACUGCGUAUAACGACGGCUGCCGAUUCGCCGAUCGCUGUCCUAAAGUUAUGGACGGGUGCGAAACCAUUCCGCCAAUAUUGCAUGUCGUUAACGGUAGCGAACAUAAUGUCGCCUGCCACCUCUACAACCCUGAACCGCCGUUUAACGCUGUAAGUACUGGUGCCUCAAAACUGGAACUCGAAACGGAUACGGAUAAAAUAGAGGAUGCUCCGACGCGGACAGCAGAAGCACAACCGCAACUUCAGGUGAAAAACCUCUGUGUCCACUAUCCUAUCCAGAAGGGUAUCUUCAAACGGACGGUCGGCUAUGUCUAUGCUGUUGAUGAUGUUACGCUUGAUAUUCGCGCGGUAAGACGCUUGCACUCGUCGAGAAUCCCGGGUCCGGCAAAACCUCUUUCGGCAAAGCCAUCCUCCGUAUUGGCGUACCGGUCAAAGGUGAUCUUGAUCUAUGACGCGUUAACACAGCGCGACUAUCACACAGCCUUGCGUCACAUAUACACCCGAUAUACGGAAACAGAUGCAGAUUAUCUUUCCAGGCCCGUACGCGUCCUGAAUCCCACGGAUGAACCAUAG